UCUGCUGAAUUUUCAGGGGUAACCCUGGUUUUAUUCUCUCUGUUUCGAAAGAGGUUUUCUCUCGAGUUUUCUCGAGGUUUUCUCGAUCUCUUUGUUCGUUGUCCACUUCCCGCCUUAGAAAUUUCUUUUGGGGUGGCUCCCGGGGAGUCCCCUUUCCCAUUAUCCUUUCUUUCUCCUCAUUAUUUUCUCUUUUUAGUUCAUUUUCUUCCCUCCUCUCCUACUUUCAUUCUUCGUUCUUCCUCCCAUCUAGUUUUCUCCUUUUUUUCCUCGCCUUUCACUCCGUUUGUUUGUUCAUCUCUUUCCCAUUGUUCUUUUUUCGCCUCUUUUUGUGCUUUCUUUUCUUUGUACAUGCAUUUUGACGAGGGGAUUACUUCUCUUAGAUACUAUAUUGGGCGAUCAAUGCCGGUGGAUGUUGCUUUACAUUUUGCCAUCCAUAUCGCGGUUCUCCGGCAAAUGUAGUUCAUGGUCAGUUCUGUUCGUAGUUCUCCAAUGAAAGUAAUUAUGGAUGACAGUUACAAUCUUUGGUAGCCGUUGUAAUGUUUGGGACUUUGUAGUCUUUUGCGGAUCUCCUCCAAUCAUACUAUUAUCGAUUCUUUGCCGUCUCUUUUGAUGACCUCUCCUAUCAGUUUUUCUCGCCAUUUAUGGUGGAUUAGAGAGGUGUUUGUCUACUUCUGUUGAUGAUUUUACUUCAUCUUUGUUUAAUUGCAAAAGGUUUUUAUGUUCUCCUUUAUCCAUUUAUAUAUUUUAUUCUUCUUGAGAAAUUGUAUCUUACUUUUCUGAUCGGCCUUGACAAUUCUCUGUAUCAAUUUCUUGAAUGAAUGAAAUAUACUGACUAAGGGCGUUUUAAAAAAAAAUGGUAUCUCCCUACUAGGCUGUGGCACCCUUUUCAAAUAAACGGUCAUAAAACCAAACACCAUUGUGGUUCUCACUUCUCACCUAUGAAGAAGCGCAGUGACAUGCUUUCUCACCUAGCUUUCGAUGCUCCUGUAUGCGCCCAGCUCGGAAUGCCAAAAGCCACGAAUGGGUAGUGAUUAGGUUUCCACGUGGUAAAUGCAAAAGCUGAUAAUCUGAUAUCAGCUAUGAAAUGCCCACCUAACACCAAAGAAUUCACAUCGGAGUCCCACAUGCACAUCUCAGGUACUUCUCAUUGGGAGAUAUUCCCAUGUAUUGGUUGGUGUGGGGCGCGCGCUUAUGCAAAUAACCCUCCCUUUCUUGUAGGUUCACCGGCAACACUUUCCAACUUUCAACUUUAGAUGAUCUACUACCGUAGGAUAAGGAUCGCAGCAGAGGGUUACAAUGGGAAAAAAUACAUUAGUGUAAUGAGUUAGUUAGGUAACUCAACUGUCGCCUAUACUGCGUUGGAGUUGGAGGCUUGUGAAGGUGAUGGUAUUUUUCAAACACCAAGAUGGCCGUGGGGCAGAAUCCGAGCCCACAUCAGUAUAAGCAAAAGAGAUGCAAAGCCUUAGAAUAUGCUUUGCUCUUCUCUUCAAAAUCCUCCCUCUCCCAAACAAAACAUCCACCUCCGCUUUCUUUCUUUUCUUUCCUUCUAUUCUCAAUAUUAAAUUAGGACAGCAAGAAGACGAAGGAAUCAGUAGCCAUGGAAUUACUUCUGGAACUUUUCUUCACUGGUUUUCUUUCUCUUAUCUUCACCUUUGUCGUAGCCAAACUCGUUUCAGUGGCUUCCGCUGGGGAUUUAGAGGAGCGGGAGUCGAUGUUAAGAUCAAAAAGGGAGUUUGAUGGUGAAAUGGUUACAGAGGAGCGGAGUUUCGAAGGACAAUUGAUCAAUCGAGUUUUAGAAACCAAAGAGAUAGUUGAAUUUUUUGGAGAAGCUGCAAUGGUCGUUGAAUAUGAAGGACAGCUGGUUCAGGAAAAGUUGGAGAUGGUUCAUCGAGUCAAUGAACUCGAGAAGGAAAGUCGUGAAAAGGUCGAGAUUUUUGAAGACGAUCGUCUUAGAACGAAGGAAGAAACUUCAGAAGAAAACGAAAUUAAGGUUCUUGGAAUAUUAAAAGAAAAGUUUAUUGAGGAAAGGCCUUAUAAGGAGGAAGUGAUAACCCAUGUUUCUGAUUCAGUACAUGCUAAGGAAGAAACUUCAGAAGAAGAUGAAAUUAAGGUUAUUGGAAUAUUAGAAGAGAAGUUUAUUGAGGAAAGGCCUGAUAAGGAGGUGGUAUCCUGUGCUUCUGAUUCAGGGCAUGCUAAGGAAGAAACUACUCCAACUGAGGAUGACCGGUUGGAAGACGACUUGGUUGAAGAAAGCCUCGAGAAGGCGGAGGUUCGUGAAAUAAAUAUCGAAUUGGUGGAAGGCGAUAACAUUCUUGCCAAGGUUGAAAAGGACGGAAUUGAUAAGCACGAACCGUAUCAGAAGAAUGUAACUGAAGGAGCAGAAGGUGGACAAAAUGAUGAUGAGGUGUUAUUUAGUGACGAGGAUGAUUGGGAGGGAAUCGAAAGAACUGAAGUGGAAAAGCUUUUUGGUGCCGCGGUGGCAUUUCUUUCAUCUGGAAAUAACAACGAUCACUUGUCAAAGGUUGAUAGUGAUAUUCAGAUGCAGUUGUAUGGACUUCACAAGGUUGCAACAGAAGGCCCUUGCCAUGAGCCACAGCCUAUGGCGCUUAAGGUCUCUGCCCGUGCAAAGUGGAAUGCUUGGCAACAGCUGGGGAACAUGACUCCAGAAGUUGCAAUGGAGCAGUACAUCACUCUUCUUUCAGAUAUGGUUCCUGGGUGGAUGGAAGAAAGUGCUGGAGGAGGCAGUAAAAAGGAAUCUUUUGAAGGUGGAGCUCCUGAUUUAGGAACAUUUUUACAUCAUGAAUCAGGUUCUGAAGAUGAAAGUGAGCCAGAAGAACCUCAAUAUUACAUUGAAGGAGGGAAUGGCAGUGGUGGCAAACUUUGUAAAUAGGGGGAAAGACAAAUUUGAUGUAUAGUCCUGUACUGCUUCCUCUCACCAACACCAAGGGGCAUUCUCUUGGGUUCUCCCAAAAGAAAACUGGACUAGCUCUACUGCUCUAGUUGUCGAAAGUAGAAGCUUGUUUUGAGGACUGGAGGCUUUUAUGGUGGUUAUGUUACCUUUUAUUUGUCCUGAUAAUAUUCCAAUGUUCUCUGCUUCAAUAAGAAUUAACAUUCAGACAUGUAAAAGAUAUUUAUAGAUGUGUUCUUUGAGUGUAUGCCAUACAUUUUCUCUCAAGACUCGUUUUGGUACCUGUGGUUGAUGGUAAAAAAGAACAGAUUAAAUGGUACUUACACGUAAUUGUUAGUA